AUGGAAACGUGCAAGCUGAAGCUCUUUCUUUUCUCCUUGCUCGUGUGCCUCUUCGUGAAGCUCACCUUCUACAAACGAUUCCGAUACACAUUUUAUCGAAACUAUGAAGAGCAAAAAUUGUGCCUCUACUCGGAGGAAUCCUUUUACUUCUCCUUCUAUGACGACAUCGUGAAAUCGGAGACCUACCUGGAGGGCAUCAAGCUGCUGAUGCAAGAUGACAGAAGCGAGUACCCCAACACGAUCAAUGCCAUUCGGCGCUUCAACAUUUACCCCGAAAUUAUCCUCGGAACCGUCUGGAGGAUAUUUAACUUAAAGGAGAGCUUCCUAACUCCUUUCAAUUUUUACGUCUACGCAGUUCUGCUUUCCCAGGCUGCCAGCGUCAGCACCUUAUUCUUUUUCGCCGUUUAUUUGGGACGGUCCUACAUUUCGGGCGCCAUCUUUUUGAUGCUUUUUUUUUCCUGCUAUAGGGAGAAGUUUAUCAUGCGAUUACCCGCGUUCUCACUGAGAGAAAACUUCGCCUCAGUCUACAUGUGGUGCAACGUCUUACUCAUUUAUGCGAUUUUACGGGAGAGGAAGUUCUCCGUUUUCGUGACUCUGACCCAUGUGGUGGCUCUGUUCGGACUAGACCUACUCGGAUUUCACAUUCAGAAGGAGUUCCACAGCAUCCUCGUGACAUUAUCCUCCUCCUACGUAGUUUCUCUCGUGGUGACCUUUUUCCCGCGUUAUUUGAUGUGUACUUACCUGCCAUUCGUGUUGGCCGCAAUCAUUAUCACGAAUGCGCUUUACCGACGGGGAGGUGGCAGAGCCCAUGCUGAAAGAGGUGGUAGAACCCAUGGCGAAAUACGUGGUAGAACCCAUGACGAAAUACGUGGCAGAACCCAUGACGAAAUACGUGGCAGAACCCAUGACGAAAUACGUGACAGAACCCAUGAUGAAAGGGGCGAACCCGCUUCUAACCUUAGGGAUGGUGCCCCGAGUGAGAUCGACUCCCCUUGCACACUGCCCCUCCAGUUCCCCCAGUUACGAAGCCAGGUGAGGUUCAUGCUGAAGAAGGGGUUCACAUCGAUAGGGAUUUUCCUGCUGCUUCGAUUGACUACCUUUGGAAUGGAGAAGGAUGACUCGCACGUUUUGUCUCUUCUAAAGGUGCGUCUGCAUCUAAGUAGCCACGACUUCGACAGCAUGAUCUACAGCUUGGGUUCAGAAUUCAAUCCAUUUACCAAAUACAUGUUUAGCAUGAUAAGGGAGACCUCCCUCUUCGACUACUUCGUUUUCUUUAACUUGAUUCUGCUGCUGUACGUGCUGAAUUUUGUGGCAUAUUUCCUCUACCUGAUGAUCCAAUUCUUUUUUUUCUCCCUGCUCAUGUUGAUCAUCUCUCGGUUGCGUGUCCUGGCUUUACCCCUCAUGUGUUUGCUUAGCAGUCUAGUGGGGUCUCCACACCUCCUUGGGGACAUCUACAGAGUCACACGGAAAAAUUUGUUCCACCUCGGGACCAGCAAGAAGAACCUAUCCCGCCUGGUCAUCCAUGUGAUCUGCCUGCUCGAGUGCGCCUACCCAUUUGCGAAGUACUUCCCGACCUACGAGUACGUUAACCUCGCGGGGAACGAACCAGUCAACAUAGAGAAGAACAUGGACCUGGUUGUGUGGCUUCGCCAAAAUCUGAAGGAAGGUGAACCCAUUAUUACAGACAUCCCUACAUCUAGCUUCCUCAGAUCGACAACCAACUUUAAAAUGGUUCUGAACCCACAAUAUGAAAACGUAGCUAUGCGAAGGAGAGUGCAGGAUUACUACAUGUUUUCAUCCUGUUUACCUUUCACUGAUGCGAAAAGGUAUUACUACGACAGAUACAAAGUCCGCUAUUUCGUGGCAAACAUUUACAGAUGUGCAUCUACAUCUAACGAAGUUAUCAGUCCAUUCAGCAUUGCUGAGUUUGUGGGUUCAAACUAUGCUAGAUGUAGAAACAAAAAAAGUAUGAAAUUCUGCCAGCGGGUUUUGUACGAUGACAGAAACUAUAAGACUCUCUAUCGAAAUGGAAAAUUUAGCGUCAUUUAUUUUGAUCCCAUUGAAGUACUGGAUGAUACUCCUUAUGAGCAGUUCGACGAGGGGAAGUACGCUCAUGUCAGGUUCUACACCCCUUGGAUUAACAGAUGCAUGAAGACCGAUCCCAAGUGUCAGGAACACAUUGUCGACGUCGCUAGGUCUCAUCUCGAUAUCCUUAGAUACAACAAAAUUGGGUUCUUACUUUACAAGUUCGUGGAGAGUACCUUCCUCAGGGGGGAUAAUGCAGUUUCAUUCAGGGAGGGUGAUCUUCUCUCCGUGGGGACUCCCCCCUCUGACGAACCACUCCCCCAGGGGCAUAACCUAGAGACCCUUUUCCACCUGGCCGAGUUUUACGACUACGAUGUGCGCGAUGCGAAGAAGGCGGACGAGCUGUACAAGAAAGCCAUCCAGCUGAUCACGCUCCCGAACGGGUUCGAUCAAGCCGACCGAGCCGAUCAAGCUGACCACCCCUCCGUGACCGUGCCCACCUUGGUCCCCUUUGUCCCUAUCGCGAAGCGCAUUAAGAUGAUUACGUCAUACAUCUACUUCCUGCUAGACACGGCUUCGUCCGCUGGACGAGCCGACAUUCUGAAUCUGUACCAGAACCUGGACCUCCUUGUGGUCGUCGCGGGUUCUGCGCUGGAUGACGGGUUCUACUACGAGGGGGGUGCGCCCCGAAUGAAGGAGUCGCCCAGCAGGGGGGAAUCACCCAGCAGAGUGGAAUCACCCAGCAGAGUGGAAUCACCCAGCAGAGUGGAAUCACCCAGCAGAGUGGAAUCACCCAGUAGAGUGGAAUCACCCAACCACACCGCUGCACCCCCAACGGAUCGUCCACAUGCCGGCCAAACGAUCAGAAGAACAUUCAACGCAGGGGAUCUCGACUCAGCUGUAACUCUCCUCUGCGAAAAUGCAAGCUACCUCUACAAAAUCAGGAGAGAAAACCCAAAGUACAUUCCUAUUUAUAAAAAAAUGUGGACAUUGGCUAAGCGCGUCUCCCACAUGAAUGAGUGCGUUUUGAGGAAUUAUUACCUUUUUGAGAGCAGGAGGAUUGGGCUCCUGGAUUACCUGGCCUUCUUCUACCUCUACCGCUGA